CCGGCACGGCCCCGCCGCCACCGGGAGGGACCGGGACGGGGACCGGGACCGGCACCGGGACGGGGACAGGGACCGGCACCGGCACCGGCACCGCCAGGUGGCAGCCGUCGGGGGCCACCACCGCGCACCAUCCCCUGUCCCCUGUCCCCUGUCCCCCGUCCCCCGCCCCGCACCCCCCGGCCAUGCAGGCUGCGCCGCCGCCCGUCCCCGCCGUCACCAUGCACCAGGGCUACGCGGCCGUGCUGUGUGUCCUGGCCGUGCUGAGGCUGGAGGCUGCCGCGCUGGGCGAGUGUGAGCUGGUGCGGCUGCUGCAGGACCAGCUGCGCUACGAGAAGCGCCUGCAGUACACGAAGCACUACUUCCCUGUCGGAUACACGCUGCGGGUCCAGUACGAGGAGGUGCUGAGGCCGGCCAACAUCACACGCCUGCGUGCCGGGGCGGCCUCGGAGGCCUCGCUGCGCUACCUCUGGUUCCACGUCAGCGUGCAGGCGGUGCAGCGGAUCCGCGAGGUGCUGCCGGAGCAGCACCCAUCAUGGCCCUACGCCCGCGACCUGGGCCAGCUGCUCGACGCCCUGGGCCAGGAGUACUGGCAGUACCGGCAGAGCGACGUGGCGGCGGCGGUGGCCGAGCUGGUGCAGCGGCUACACAGCGGUGAGCGGCGCCCCAAGGCCGUGCGCCCCAAGGCACUGCUGGACAACUGCCUGCGGGUGCUGCGGAUGCUCUUCGGGGCACCCUGUCGGUGGGGAGCCACGGAGAGCGGCGGCGAGGCGGGGAGCCAGCGAGGAGGAGGAGGAGGAGGGUGAAGGGCACGCUGGGUGGGGGGCUCUUCGGGCAUUUCGUGUUCUUUUUUAUGUUUCUAUUCUAAUUUUUUAUUUUUUUAAUGCUUUUUAUUUUUUAUUCUUUAUUUUUUAUUAUUUUUUAUUCCUUCUUUAUUUUUUUAUUUUCUUCUUUUUUAUUUUCUUCUUUUCUUUAGUUUCUUUUUUUCUUCUUCUUUUUUUAAUUUCUUUAUUCUGUAUUUUUAUUUUAAAAUUUCUUUUAGCUUUUUAAAAACUCACCCGUUUUUAACAUUU